CAUAACUAAAACCUGAAGCUAAAUUCACAGCCCGCAAUGCACAUUUGCCCUAUCUAUUUGGUUCGUAAAGCGAAGACAGAAAUUCAAACACCCUCAUACUGCCAUAAAGCGACAGUCAUAUUUCUUGCAGGAACGUUGAAAGGGAGCAAGAUAUUCAAAUGUCCGCUGAAUCGAAGAGGGCUGAUUCCCCUGUGGAUGGCUACCUUCCCGCCGCAGAAGACAACCACAAGCCAGUUCUACAACACAAUCCACCAGCCCGAGGCGGGCACCACAUGUUCCUCUUGGGACAGAAAGGAGAGGAACAUCAAGAAAUCUUCCACUAUGAGCUCUUGAGCCAACUGAAGAUAUUGGAAGACAAAAUCAAAACCCUCGAAAGCGAGAACGGAUUUCUCAAAGAGAAGCUUCGGCAGCAUGCUUGCAGGGCCGAGAAGAACGCUUCCUACAUCGCAUGCGCAGCUGUUGGAUCAAAUGUAAUACAUAUCCACGAGAAGAUAGAAGAGACAGCCAUGGCAGUGCAGAGUGAUGCGAAGACAAGGAAAAUAUAUUGCUCCAACACAACCAGAACUCCUCAGACUGCCGAUACAACACAAGGCCAUUCAGGAGCGCUUUUGAUCACCGCCUUCGUCACAGCACUCGGGUUGAUUGUCUUCAGCGGCCCUUUCUAAGGUUCGUGUCAACCUGGCUGGUAUGUGCAGUGCCGCAAUAACAGCCCGAGUACCAUGGUUACCCCAAGCAUAAUCAAGUAUUUCACUCCAAUUUCCGGGUGCCCUGAGAUACCCAAUGGAUAAGCGGCUCCCUCAAGAUUUUACAUCAGUCUAGCCAAUGCGUGAUAUCCUCCAAUCUUUGGAUAUCCGGCUUGAACUCGUUCCUUCCCCUCCGGGCAAUCUUUCUAUGCUGCUCAGCGCCGUCUCGCUCUUGAUGGCACAAUCAGUUGUGUAUCUACCAUCUCAGGAUUGCA